GGCGGCAGCCAUUGGCUCCAACCCCCACCGAACAAAUUGGACCUGUGGCGGGGUUCUUAACGGUGGGGAGUCGCUGUGUGUCAUUGCUGGCAAAGGGGCGAGUGAGGGACAUUCUUCCGUAUUGUGACGGCUGGAGGUAGAGAGUCCUCACACCGAAGGUCCGAGAAGGGGGCUCCCUUCCGGAGACCUCGGCGCGAGCGCGAGCGCCAGCGCAGACCCUCGGCGAGCGUGCGCACCUGAACGCGAGGCGCUCCGGUGCGCGUGCGCGUGCGCGGCAAGGGGCUUCCCGCACCUGAUCGCGAGACCCCGACGGCCCGCGGCUGGAGGCUUCGUCUGCGCGCGGCCGGCUCGAGCUAGUCAUGGCGCAGCUGUGUGACCCGAGGCGGUGCCCGGUGCUCCUCGCCCUGCUGGCUUCGCUGCUCCUCUUCGGGGCCGAGGCGGCCGACGGAGAGCCGGACGUCCACGACUUUUGCCAGGCUCCGAAGGUGGUGGGAAGAUGCCGGGCCUCCAUACCCAGGUGGUGGUACAAUGCCACUAGCAGAUCCUGCCAGCGGUUUGUAUAUGGAGGCUGUGGUAAGAAUGAGAAUAAUCACCUGACCGAGAAGGACUGUCUUGAGAAAUGUGCUGGUGUCACAGAGAACACCAUUGAUGGUCUGACCACCAAGAGAAGUGGAGCAGAUUCCUCUAUCGCAAGUGUUCCCAAAAGGCAGGCUUUCGAUGACCCCUCCAGCGACAUUUUCAACUAUGAAGAACACUGCACUGCCAAGGCAGUCACCGGGCCUUGCCGUGCAUCCUUCCCACGCUGGUACUUUGAUGCCGAGAAGAAGACCUGUGAUAACUUUAUCUAUGGAGGGUGCUGGGGGAAUAAGAACAACUAUAUCUCUAAGGAGGAGUGCAUGAGCCACUGCUCUGGCAACCAGCUGUAUCCUGUUCUGCCUAAAGUGGUGGUCCUGGCAGGGCUGUUCGUGAUGGUCCUGAUCCUCUUGCUGGGCACCUCCGUGGUCUGCCUGAUCAGGAUGGCGCGGAGGAACCAGGAGCGCACCCUCCGCACUGUCUGGAGCUCUGGGGACGAUAAGGAACAUCUGGUGAAGAACACGAACGUGCUGUGAACCCACCUGAGUCGCUAAGAUUCAGGAUUCAGGACCCUCUGUCGAUGAAGAGAACCUGGGAAGGGGGGACAAGUGUGGAAUGUGUGUGUGCUUUGUAAAUUAGAGUGAUUGGUUUGUAUUUUUGCGAUCAUUAGGGCUUUUGGUCUGUUUUGUUGCUUCAGAAGAGGGCUUCCUGGUCCCUCAGGGCAGGUUCACUUUGUUCACCUUCAGGUGGCCUGGUCCCAGACCACAGUCAGCUCCUCUUUGAUUUCUUUACUCUAGGUAUAGUUUUCUUUGUCUGUGUUGAAACCUUUUUGCCUCCUUUCCUAUCAUAGAAGUGAUGUUUUAAUACUUUCCUUUGUUUGUUUGAUUUGUGAGUUGUUUUUUAAGUAAGCAGCAACAAAAGUGUUUUUUUUAUUAGAAUUUUGAAAGGAAGAGAGUGAAAUGUACAAGUACAAUAAAAAGGGUCUUUCCGCCCAGCCGUUGUGGCUCAGUGGAUUGAAUGUCGUCAUCCUAUGGACUGAGAGGUCCUGGUUCAAUUCCCGGGGUCAGGACACGUGGCCAGCUUGCGGGCUUGAUCCCCAGUGGGGGGCUGUG